AUGAGUGACGAGAAGAAAGGUCUGGUGUUAGAGAACACCGGGCGUAGAGACGCGCUAAUUGCGAUUGAGAAGAAGUACCAGCAAGUUUGGGCGGAGGAGCACCAGUUCGAGCUGGAUGCGCCCUCGAUUGACGACGAGCCUAUCACUAUGAGCACUGAGGAGCUGCACAAGAAGUACCCCAAGUUCAUGAGCUCCAUGGCGUACCCAUACAUGAACGGUGUGUUGCACGCGGGCCACUGUUUCACCUUGUCCAAGGUUGAGUUCUCCAUUGGUUUCGAGCGUAUGAACGGUAAGCGUGCGCUUUUCCCAUUGGGUUUCCACUGUACCGGUAUGCCUAUUCUUGCGUGUGCUGACAAGCUGAAGCGUGAGGCCGAGAUGUUCGGUACUGACUUCAGCAAAGCGCCAGCUGAGGACGAAGAGGAGCCACAGGUCGAGGAAAAGAAGGCUGAGUCCGAGGACGUCACUAAGUUCAAGGCCAAGAAGUCCAAGGCUGCUGCCAAGAAGGGCCGUGGUAAGUACCAGUUCGAGAUUAUGUUGCAAUUGGGUAUCCCAAGAGACGAGGUCUACAAGUUCGCUGAUGCCAGCUACUGGUUGACUUACUUCCCACCUCUGUGUCAAAGAGACUGUAGUUCCUUAGGUUCUCGUAUUGACUGGAGACGUUCUUACAUCACCACCGAUGAAAACCCAUACUACGACGCCUUUAUCAGAUGGCAAAUGAACAAACUGAAAGCCCUAGGUAAGAUCAAGUUCGGUGAGCGUUACACUAUCUACUCCGUCAAGGAUGGCCAACCAUGUAUGGACCACGAUAGACAAUCCGGUGAAGGUGUCACUCCACAGGAAUACGUCGGCAUCAAAAUCGAAGCCACCGAGUUCGCUCCAGAGGCCAAGAAGUUGAUCGACGAGAACGACAAGAUUGACAAGAGCAAGAAGAUCUACUUCGUCGCUGCCACUCUAAGACCAGAAACCAUGUACGGUCAAACAUGUUGUUUCGUCUCUCCAAAGAUUGACUACGGUAUCUUCGAUGCUGGUGACUCUUACUACAUCACCACUGAGCGUGCUUUCAAGAACAUGUCCUACCAAAAGUUGACUCCAGUUAGAGGUGAAUACUCACCAGUUGCUGUCAUCAACGGUAAGGCCUUCAUUGGUACCAAGAUUCACGCUCCAUUGACCCCAUACAAGGAAUUAAGAAUCUUACCAAUGGAAACUGUCAUCGCCACCAAGGGUACCGGUGUGGUGACUUGUGUUCCAACAAACUCCCCAGAUGAUUACAUGACCGUCAAGGAUUUGAUUAAGAAAUCCGAAUACUACGGUAUCGACCCAACUUGGAUCGACAUGGAAUUAAUCCCUGUUAUUAAGACUGACAAGUACGGUGAUUUGACCGCUAAGGCACUAUGUGAAGAGCUGAAAAUCCAAUCUCCAAAUGACACUACCAAGCUUGCAGAAGCCAAGAAGAUUGCUUACAAGGAGGAUUACUACAGCGGUGUUAUGAUCUACGGUGACUACAAGGGUGAGAAGGUCGAAAUUGCCAAGGCUAAGGUUAAGGCUGACAUGAUUGCCAAGGGUGAAGCUUUUGUUUACAACGAACCAGAAGGUUUGGUCAUGUCUCGUUCCGGUGACGAAUGUAUUGUUUCCCUAGAGGACCAAUGGUACUUGGAUUAUGGUGAGGAAGAAUGGAGAAAGCAAGCUGAAGAAUGUUUGAGUCAAAUGGAAGUCUUCGCUCCAGAAGUCAACCACGCCUUUAAGGGUGUCCUUGGUUGGUUAAGAAACUGGGCCGUCAGUCGUACCUAUGGUCUAGGUACUAAGCUACCAUGGGACGAUAAGUACUUGGUUGAAUCUUUGUCUGACUCCACUAUUUACCAAGCUUUCUAUACCGUUGCCCACUUGUUGUUCAAAGAUUACUAUGGUAAGGAAAUUGGUCCAUUGAACAUCAAGCCUGAACAAAUGACAGACGAUGUUUUCGAUUACAUUUUCCAACACGUUGAUGAUGUCAAGUCUGAUAUUCCAUUGAGAUCUUUGCAAAUCUUAAGAAGAGAAUUUGAGUACUUCUAUCCAUUAGAUGUCUCUAUCUCCGGUAAGGAUUUGAUUCCAAACCAUUUGACUUUCUUUAUCUACACACAUGUUGCUUUGUUCCCUAAGAAGUUCUGGCCUAAGGGUAUCAGAGCUAACGGUCACUUAAUGUUGAACAACGCUAAGAUGUCCAAGUCUACCGGUAACUUUAUGACCUUGGAACAAAUUGUUGAGAAGUUCGGUGCUGAUGCAUCCCGUAUUGCUUUGGCCGAUGCUGGUGACACUGUUGAAGAUGCUAACUUGGACGAAUCCAAUGCCAAUGCAGCUAUCUUGAGAUUGUUCAACCUAAAGGAAUGGUCUGAGGAAAUCGUGAAGGACAUUGACACUCUAAGAUCUGGUGAAAUUACUGAGAUCUUUGAUGUUGCUUUCGAGCACGAAAUGAACUCUUUGAUUGAAGAGACUUACAAGCAAUACGAAUUGACCAAUUACAAGAACGCCUUGAAGACUGGUCUAUUUGACUUCCAAACAGCUAGAGAUUACUACCGUGAAGCUACUGGUACCAUGCACAAAGACUUGGUUCUACGUUACAUAGAAACUCAAGCAUUGAUGUUGGCUCCGAUUGCUCCUCAUUUUGCCGAAUAUGUCUACCGUGAUGUCCUUGGUAAGAAGGGUUCUGUGCAGACUGCCAACUUCCCUCGUGCUUCUAAGCCAAUUGACAGAUCCAUUCUAGCCGGUUUGGAAUAUGUCAGAGCUCUACAAAGAAGCAUCAGAGAAGCUGAAGGUCAAGCUUUGAAGAAGAAGAAGGGUAAGGGUGCUGAAGUUGACCAAUCUAAGCCAGUCAAGUUGACUUUGUUAGUCUCCAAGACAUUCCCAGAAUGGCAAGCCGGCUGCAUUGAAAUUGUACGUGAAAUGUUUGCUAACCAAACUUUGAACGACAAUAAAAUGAUUAAGGAGAAGGUUAAUCCAAAGGAAAUGAAGAGAGCUAUGCCUUUCAUUUCUUUGCUAAAACAGCGUUUAGCCACUGAAUCACCAGAAGCUGUCUUCAACAGAGAAUUACAAUUCAACGAGACUGAAACCAUCAAGGCAACCAUUGACAACAUCAAGAAGGCUGCACAACAAUUGAAGGUGGAAGAGAUUGAAGUUCUAGCAUUCCCACAUGGUUCUAACGUUGCUACUAACAUCUUCACAGGUCAAGAAGUGGAGCUACCAUCUGCUCCAAAGGCUAUCGAGUCAGCCUUACCAGGUAACCCAUCCAUCCUUUUCAACAACAUAUAA